GACUGUCUGCAGUACAUGAUCGAGGGCUCCAGCAUGGUGAAGCUCCGUGCCAACAGCCGCCAAUACCACCGAUACUUUCGCCUCCUGGACGACCUCUCCGCCAUCCGCUGGACGCCAACCACCAAAAAGACGAGCAAGGCGCAGCUCAUGAUCGAGCACAUCAAGGAGAUACGAACGGGGCGCAACUGUGAGAGUCUACGUAACAAGGACUUCCCGGUACACUACAACGAGGAGCGCAUCUUCAGCAUCCUUUACGGGGACAACUACGAGAGCCUUGACCUUAUCGCGCACUCCCCGGAAGAGGCGUCCAUAUGGGUGACGGGACUCAACGCUCUCAUAGGAGCUUCUAAAGCCACCCCGGACGCCGUCGAGGACAGGCAAACGCUACGGGAGACUUGGCUGAAGGAGAUGUUUGAGAAAGCCUCGAAGAACACGUCGGGCGGCUUCAUCGACCAGACCACGUGCAUCAAACUGAUCAAGAGGCUGGACUCACACGUGGCCAUGGUCAGAGUGCGCCAAAAACUACAGGAAUACGAUAUGGGCAAGACGGAUGGCUGUCGGGGCAGGAUCGACAGCCAGGAAUUCAUCGACAUGUUUAAGGAAAUCGCGACUCGGCCUGAAAUUUACUUCCUGCUUAUAAGAUACGCUAACAAGGACUACCUGACGCUCGAAGACUUCCACUUGUUCCUGGAGGGCGAGCAAGGGCUGGCGGGCCUAACUACAGAGAAGGUGAUCGAGACCAUUGAGAAAUACGAGCCGGCGCCUGAAGCGAGGAAGAACAGACAGAUGCUAAUAGACGGGUUCACGCGGUACCUUAUGAGCGAGGAGUGUGACCUGUUCGACCCCGCCCACCGCGUCGUGUGCCAGGACAUGGGUCAGCCGCUGGUCCACUAUUUCAUCUCCACCAGCCACAACACCUACUUACUCGAGGACCAGCUCAAGGGGCCCUCCAGCGUCGACGGCUACAUCAGGGUGCUGGCGUGUGGCUGCAGAUGUGUCAAAGUGGACGUGUGGGACGGGCAGGAGGAGCCGCAGGUCUACCACGGCAACACCCUCACCACCAAAGUGCCCUUCAGAGAGGUCAUCCACGCUAUCGCCACCUACGCCUUCGACUUCUCCGUCUACCCCGUGUUGAUACAUCUCGAGAACCACUGCGGCGUCAAACAGCAGAAGGUGAUGGCCAGGCUGCUGCGUACGCUACUGGGCUCGUACCUGUACCAACACCCGCCGGACGCCGCCACCCCCGUCACCGAGCUGUCCCCGGAAGACCUCAAGUACAAGGUGAUCAUUAAGGGCAAGAAGCUGGCGCGGGAGGAGGAGGACGAAGGGGAGGUGAGCGAGGAGGACGAGGGCGGCGAGACGAAGCGAACCACGAAUCCGCGAAAGAUGAAACUCUGCAAGGAGCUGUCUUCGCUCAUCUCCCUCCACCGCGCGCGCUUCACGGACCUCAGCACCGCGCGGGCCAAACAGGAUGUGAGUGAGAUGUGCAGCCUGAGUGAAUCCUCGUCGGCCAAGCUCGCGCACAGCUGCCCCGAGGAGCUGGUCAACCACAACAAGAAAUUCCUGACGCGCGUGUUCCCAAACUCUUCGCGGGUCGACUCCUCAAACUACAACCCACAGGACUUCUGGAACGCCGGCUGUCAGAUGGUGGCCCUCAACUUCCAGACACCCGGGCAAUUCAUGGACGUGUACGAGGGCCGCUUCAGGGCCAACGGGGGCUGCGGGUACCUCCUGAAGCCGGCCGUCAUGAGGGAACACAUCUCUGUCUUUUCAGCACACUCCAGGGAGACCAUACCCGGGGUGGCGCCGCAGCUCCUCAAAAUAAAGGUGAUCAGCGGGCAGUGUCUCCCCAAGCCUCGAGGAUCCACGGCCACUAAGGCGAGCUUCAUUGAUCCGUACGUGGUGAUCCAGGUCUUUGGGAUCCCUGCGGACUGUACAGAGGCCAAGACACGGACGGUAAGCAAUGACAGCAGCUUCCCGAUCUUCGACGAGAGCUUUGAGUUCCACAUCAACCUGCCGGAGCUUGCCCUGGUGCGCUUCGUGGUGCUGGACGAUGAUUUUAUUGGGGACGACUUCGUGGGCCAGUGCACCAUACCGCUGGACUGCAUACAGACUGGCUACAGACACGUGCGGCUCCUCUCCAGCAUGGGGGAGCCGAUAGACUCUGCGACGCUCUUCGUGCACGUGUCCAUCUCCAACAAGAAGGGCGGAGGGAAGCUGCAGCGGGUCAAGGGCAAGAAGACAGACAAAGUGAAGGCCGACAUCAAGCCCAUUGGUCUGAAGGCGGCCGAUGACUUGUUUAAGGAGGCCUCAAUGGCGGUGGUGGAGGCGGAGUGCGUGCAGGACAAGGUGGAGGACGCGUGGAUGGAGCUGCAGGAUGAGUGUGGGCUGGAGCACACCGCCAACAUGAAGCAAUGCCUGAGGGUGACCAUAUCCCGGUACAUGGCCACACCAGACACAGCGCGACUCUCUAUACAGGAGGAGAACGGGGUCCCAUUCUUGAGGAAUUCCCGGCCUGGUCCGCUGCCCUCACACCUACACCGGCUGGAGAUUGCCCUGCAGAAGGUCAUGCUCGAGAUCCACCACUUCCUGGGUCACGGCGAGGAGCUUCACCGCACGCUGGAGUCCCGUCUCAAGCCCUGCCUGGCCAUGUAUGACAACCUGGAGUCACGCAUGGCCUCCAGCGGCAUCAAGGGCAAGAAGGCGAACCGGGCGAUGGAGAACUAUGCCUGGAACGUGAGGAUCAUGCGAGGCCAGCUGGACCGCCUCACCGCCCUCACCAAGAAGUGCAAGAUGGCCAUGGAGCAGGUUGAGUCCACCAAGACCACCCUAGACAGCCUCAACCAACGUGAACGCUCACCCUUGGUCCGGGAGCGUCCACGCCUCACCCUCGCUAACCGCCACAACACCACCGACAACCUCACCACCUACGGGAGCCUCGGCCGCUCACCCACCACACCGGGGGCCGACUGUAAGCCCAAGAGUAUCCUAAAAAAGAGUAACUCAAACCUGGAGUCGAGCAGCGUCGGGUACGUCAACGAGGAACAUCAGGGGUCGUCAAGUAGCUCCGGCACUGUUGUGGGGGACGAGGAGGAGGGGGAGGACGGGGGGACGGAGGAAGGGGGUCAGUUGCUAAAGCCCCCCCUCCUCCACUCCUUCAGCUACACCCCGAGCUUCACGUACGAGCAGGACACGGCGCUGUAGAAGGCUAGAUCGGCUUGCCUUGGGGUCCUGUUCUGCCUCCUCCUCCUGCUCCUAUUCCUUGUAUUGGUUGGGUAAUGGUGCAGCCAGGUGGUACAAGUAAGAGUAACAAGUAUAUGCUCCCUAGUUUGCAGGCUGUCCAUACAAGUAACAAGCGUGUGACCCCAUUUCACAAGCCUACGAUACAAGUAAAGAGAAGUAUGCUGCCCAGUUUACAGGCAUAUGAUAAAUGUAAUGAGUUUGCCCCCAAGUUUGCAGACUUACCAUACAUACAAGUAACAUUCUCCUUGUGUAGUGCUAUGCUAUGGAAGACACACAGAGAGAGAGAGUGAGGUGCUUGAGUAUUGUUGGCUCAGAGGUGUAGUGUGUCAUUCACCCACGGUUUGAUCACAUGCUGGACUCGUGUUUGGUAGCCAGAAAGUGUGUAUGAGUGUGUGAGGUUGGAAGGAGAUGAGGUGAGAGUCAAGGUUUUUCUGUAUCAAGGAUGUAUUUGAAAAGCAUAUAGAAAUAGAUCACAGUGGGAGAGAUAGCAAGAACAAGCCUCUGAUAAUCGAUAUUUCUAGGCAUCCGAGCUGCUUGUUCUCUGCCAUACAAGACUUGAAAGCUCACAGUGAGAAGAGAAUCAACAUUGGCUAUUACUACUUCUACUUCUUGUAUUACUAAAGGGUUUUGUUAGUGUUAGGUUAGGGCGGGAGAGGGCCAAGGGAAGGCUUAUGUUCAUCCGCACACAGAGAUGAGGGGGAAGAGAGGCUGGCGUUGUGCAUUCCAAGUGUAGAAGGUUAUGAAUUGCCGACUGGAAAAUGGCUCAAAAAUCUUACUGAUGACAAGCUGAAAUAAAAGUACCAUCGGAGAGGGAAGAAAGCUUGCAUUUAUUGGUACUGAGUCAAGAUAAGGGAUCCCAAAACAUUACCUCUUGAAGAAACUUAUGAAUCACCAACUGGAAAAUGAUAAAAGAAGUUAUUCCUUGCAAUACAUAAAUACGAUAACAGCUUUGUGCUUGCAUUGGAGGGGGAAGAAUUAGUUUACAUUUACUGGUGAAGGAGGAAGUAGAUGAAAUGUUGGAAGCUUAUUCAUGGCAGUAAAGGAAAUGAGGAAGUGAGGGAGAGAGAGAGAGCUUGUGUUGGUUAAGAAAUGAUGCAAUGGAAAUAAGGAAUGGAGAAGAAGGGCAUUAGGAAGCAGGAAAAAUUGACCCCUUCACACCCAGAUCUUUACUUGACUACCUAAAAUUGUCUGUUCUUAGCCAUAAAAGACGAACAAGUAACAACAAACCAAAGAAGCUGCUGGGCGAGGAUAUUAAACAGGUUAAAUCUAAUAAAUCUAAUUCUUCCGUUCAUUAAAACCGUCUGUUGGUAGCUAAAUUACAAUGGAAAUUACGUUCUGAGACUCAGUUCCAAUAUCUCAAUACCAAUAUCUCUCCAAAGAAGCUACUGGGCGAGGAUACUAAACAGGUCAAAUCUAAUGCUUCUGUUCAUUAAAAUUGUCUGUUGGUAGCUAAAUUACAGUGGAAAUUACGUUCUGGGACUCGAGGGGUUAAGGCCAUGCCAACUUGGAAGAGGACUCAACACCAUGCCAACUUGAAAGAGGUGGAAAGAUAUAGAUUGGGAAGGGAAACAAAGAAAUACAAAGGUGAGGACUGCUGAUGAGAGCCAUUCCAACCCCUCUCAGUUAGCUCACAGGAAGGAAGUCGAGGAAAAAGGUUCACGCCAGCAGGAAAAUAUUACUGAAACUAAGAGUGAAUGAAAAUAAGGUAUGAAGAGAAGUGCUUGCGUCGAAAAUGGAAAGUAAUUGAAGAAGUCAUUUUUAGUGGGCGAAAAGAGAGGAAGUGAUGGAGAGUGAAAGAAAAGCGUUGGUAGGAAAUGGAAAGAAGAAACAGAGGAAGAAGAAAAGGAAAAUGAAGCCGUUUGGAGAGUCGUAUAGAAGACCAAGAACAGGAACUAAGAAAAAUGUAAUACAGAAAGUGAUAGAAAGGAAGUUGAAUCCAGAAAUGAAGGGAAUGAAAAAGAAAACUCAGGCAAUGCAGAAGAAGUUGAAUGAAAAUGGAAAGAAAAAAUACCACUACCUUAAGAGCACUGAGAGGAAGAGCGAGAACAGGAAACAGGAGACAGGAAAAAAGAAAAACAUGAUACAGAAAGUGAUGGGAAUUAAGUGGAACGAGAGGAAUGAAAAAGAAAACUCAGGCAAUACAGAAGAAGUUGAAUGAAAAUGGAAAGAAAAAAUACCACUACCUUAAGAGCACUGAGAGGAAGAGCGAGAACAGGAAACAGGAGACAGGAAAAAAGAAAAACAUGAUACAGAAAGUGAUGGGAAUUAAGUGGAACGAGAGGAAUGAAAAAGAAAACUCGUCUGGUAAAAAAAGAAUUGAGUUAAAAUUGAAACAAAAAAUACCACUAACCUCUACCAAGCCACCUUUCAUGUGUAUAUAUGUAUGAAUGAAUGUCCGGAGAGCCUCUUCACUACACGCCAAUGCAAAGAAUCACUCGGAAAAUCAAUGAAAGCAACCGUACUGACUAUGGAAGCAAGAGAGUGAGAGAGAGAGAGAGAGACUAUACCUAGCCAGUCCAUACAUUCACAAGGGAAAACACACAGUUACAAGGGGGCUUCAAGAGGCUGGGUAGCUGGGUGUCUCCUCCUCGGGCUCCUCUCGGCUUCUCACCCACAGAAUAUAUAUACCUCAGGGCGGCGUGACGGUCCCUUUGUAUUGCUUUGUAAGGCCCCAGCACACCAGAACACAGUGUUGCGCUCGGGCUUGGAAUAAACGCGUCGCUCCAAAGACAAAAGGCACAUGAGUUGAUGCAUUGAUCGAAUGUUUUUACUUAUGCUCUAUGUGUGUGUGUGUGUGUGUGUGUGUGUGUGUGUGUGUGUGUGUGUGUGUGUGAGUACCUACAUGUAUGCAUUGAUGUGUGGGAUGUCUCAUAUGUGUGGUGUGUUUGGGUGCUUGAUAAGGGAGUGAGGGGGGAGGAAUAUAACACACACACACACACACACACACACACACACACACACACACACACACACACACACACACACACACAGACACAAACAAACAAACGAACACACACACACACUCACACUGAACAAGUUGACAGAGUAGAUGUUUUUUUAUUUCAGAAAGACCCAAAUUUGUUGAAAAAGCCAAAAACAUCGUAGAAAAAUGAGAACAAAACUUGGCUUGUUAAAACUCUUGGCACAUAUCAGAACUAUUGAUGGAAAAUGAACGAUUGAACUCUACGUAUUAUCCAAAGAGGACAAUUAGUGAGUUCUUAGAUAAAUUAGACAAAUACAGAUAAAACACACACACACACACAUACGCACACACACACACACACCCCUCCUAUGUAUCUCCACCAUGUAUGUAUGUAUCCAAGCAUCCGGGCACCUAUGUAUGAGACACCCCACAUGUAUAUAUAUAGUUUUCUUAAUGGGUGCUGCUGCUGCUGCUGUGUAUAUCUAAGACCUAUGUAUAGCUUUGUAUAUUGUUCCUUAUAUAGCAUAGCAUCCACCGCCCCAUAUAUGCAGUAUUUAUUUUGUAUAUAUUGUACGUAAGGAAACCUACUUUUUAUAUAUUCAUUGCAGAGUGGAGACAAAAUGCAGCACAUGGCAAUAAUGACCACACGUACACACACACACACACACACACACACACACACACACACAUAUAUAUGACACUCCUUACGAGCUUCACACAAAAUCCUUUCAAAAUACAAAUACGUAGCUAAGAAUACACACACACACACACACACACACACACACAUACAUACAUGACACUCCUUACGAGCUUCACACAAAAUCCUUUCAAAAUACAAAUACGUAGCAAAGAAUACACACACACACUCACACACACACACACACACACACACACACACACACACACACACACACACACACAUACAGAGUUAUAUAUAUAGCAUUCCAUUAUUUCAAGGUGGUCAUUACUAUAUAUAUAUAAAAACAUUUCCUCAUUCCUUGCCUGAAUCAAUCGCUCCCUAUACCCCAUCAUCCCUUCUCUCUUUUAUACACAUCAUCAUAUCGCUAUCGAGGAACAUAUGUGAUGCAAUACACUAACUAAUAUAAAAACCAACAUGUAGCAGAGGGUGGGCGGGGCGGGCGGGUGGGAAAAUAAAGAGAAGUUGAUACGUGGAAAACAAUCACGGUAACUCAACCCGAUAUUUGCUUUCAGACUUUAGGAAGACAUGAAAUCGCUUAGCUAAGAUACACAGCCAUUAAGUAGGUAAGGUUACGAGACCCAUAUAUUAUAGCAUGCACACCAGCGGACAUAUAUAGCCAUUGAUGUAGGGGAGAGGAAAAGAGAAGUAGAAGGAGAGGAAGGGAAAGAGAACAGGAACAGGGGAUGAACUAGUAAGGGAGGAGGUUAAACUACUGAGCAGAAAUGGGCUGAUUCUAUGGAGUGAAGUGGGUGGCAAGCUAACUGCCCCCUUGCAGACUAGUGUUGUAUCUUCUUAAGGGAGAGAAAAAGGAGCAGGAUAUAUUAACUAAUGCGGAAGGGAGGAGAAAAGGGGAAUCAACUGAUCAAAGCAAGAGAAGGGAGUAGGAGAUGAAAUGAAGGAGAGAAGGGAGUAUAAGAUGAACCAUUAAGGGAGAGAGGAGGAAAGGGGUGAACUUAUGAAAGAGAGAGGGGAGUAGGAGACAAACUAGCGAGGAAGAAGUUGACUUGCUGAUCAGAAUGGGUGUUGAGUCACAGUGAUUCUAUAGAGAAAGGGGUAUUGAAACUCAUGUCCCUGGUGUGCAUGCCUUAAUAGACCUUCAGGAUAAUUAGAACCAUAUUAGCGUGUACACAGCAACUAUUUUCAACCUCCAACACUCUAGUGAGCUUGUACUUCCUCUCAUUGCCUCUGGAAGGAAUUAACUGUACAGACCGAAUACUACAUAGGCCUAAAUAUAUAUGAGAUAUUUUUUGAAGGUUGUGAGUUUUAGAAAGUUUAUUAAUGCAAUAUCUUUGAGACAGACAGACACAUACAUAUUAUAUAGUAAGACUAGAUACUACACAGGUAAUUCAAAAUGUGCUAAAUUUGACUAUGUCUUCCAAUAGCAUAUUUUCUGCUUUGGAAAAAAGAAAAGUAUACAUAGAUUCUAUGACUCGUGGAGUGCCAAAUGUACAUAGGUAUAUCUAUCGGCUCCAGGCGGGGCGUGCUGGCUGAUUGGUAUGCACUGUGCCAGCGAGUACUCACAGCAGGGGGAGAAACUAUGCAGAGAAACUGAGCCGAGGAUUAAAACUGAAUGGUUGUCAAAGUAAAGAAUGCUUGCCGACCUUUAUUUUGAUGACAUGGUAAAGGUAUUAAAGAAACCGUUGUCAAAAUAGAGAGUGUGUAUUGACGGUGCAGUAAAGAUGAUAAAAGAGAUCUCGUCAAAAUGAAGAAUGUUUCGUGACCUUUAUUUUGACAACACAUUAACAGUAACAAAACUGGCUGCUUACUGACCUUCAUUUUGGCAACACAGUAAAUUGCUUCAAGUGAACCGCUUUUAAAAUAUAAGAGCGUUCAUCGGCCUGCACUUUGACGACAGAUAAAAAGCUCAGAUUAAAGGAAAGCUGGAAAUUGUAACUUCUAUAAUCAAACAGUGAAUUAUUGAAGUAAAAAAAAUUGUUAGCAGAUAAAAAAACAUGAAUCAAACUUAAACUGUAUUUAAUCUAUAUUCCUCAGCUCAAUUUUCUUGCGUAUUCCCUCCCCUUGAUGUGAGUACUAAAUGGAUGUGUGUGUAUACCAAUCAGCCCCCGCCCCCCCCCAUAUUCAGGCAGGACAGAAUGUAUUUAGACUCGUAGCAAAAUCAUGUUCAAACCUCAGCCACACGUCAAACAACCACUUGGGGAUGUCGAGGGUGUCUGGCCAGUCUGUCCCACCCACCACUCAAGUUAUAGUCCAUUCUGGUGACUGCCAAAACAGGUCAUGCGUUAUGGUAUGGCUGAGUGAUUUUUGGCUUUUUCGUUAUAUAGUAAAGGAUAUUUGAUUGGUAACUGAUCGAUUAUAAGAGAAAAUCAUGGAAAAUUAUGGUAUGGCCGAGUGAUUUUUAGCUUUUUCAUUAUAAAGUAAGAGAUAUUUGAUUGGUAACUGAUCGAUCAUAAGGGAAAAUCAAUGAUGCAACUCUCCACUCUAUACUAACAUGUCUAACAGAUGAGAAGUAAUUGAAGGAAGGAGGAUUUUGCAUUAAGACGAGCAGGGUAUUUUUGAGUUCCUGUCAUGGUGAACUGGUCAAUGGUAAAAGAGUGAAGAUUUAGACGAAAGAGAACAUUGCUAAUUUUGGAGCUACUGUAGAAAUGAAUGACUUAGAGGUGAAAAGAGGGAAGAUUAUAUGAUAAGACAGGUGUUGCUUCUGUCAGAGUGGCUGUACGUAAUAGUUAAGAGUUAAAAGAAUGAAGAUUUAGCCGUAAAAUGAGGACAGCCUUUUUGGGAGUUGCUUUAAUAAUGAAUGAUCGAGUUAGAGUAAAAAGAAAGAAUGAAGAUUUUGGUGCGUGGGUUGCUGUAUGUUGGGAAUAGCUGUUUUUGGAGUUGUUGCGAUAAUGGACAGUUUAAAGGCAAAAGGAGAGGAGAUUUUGCAUGAGGAUAAGCUUUGCAUUUUCCAGAAUUGCUCUAAUGAUGAAUGAGUUAGAGAAAAAAGAAGAGAAAUUUGGAAGAAGGCAGGCAGUUCGUUUUUGAUAGUUGUGUAAUGAUGAACUGGGUAGAAGUAAAGAGCGGAGAUAUUGCAAGAAGAUGGAGAAUGCUUAGGACAGCCUUCCUUUCUGGGAGUUGCUCUGAUAAUGAAUGAGUCAGAGGCAAAAGAAGAGAGAUUUUGCAAGAAGAUGGGCAGUCCUUGUUGAUAGUUGUGUAAUGAUGAACUGGGUAGAAGUAAAGAGUGGAGAUUUUGCAAGAAGAUGGAGAUUGCUUUUGUCAGAGUUACUUUAAUAAUGACCUGGUUAGAGGUAAAAAGAAUAUAGUUUUUGCAAUAAGAUAAAAUACGAUGAGUAGUAUUGCUAUUAUCAGAGCUGCCAGAACGGACCAUAACUAUAAUGACGUGUAGGACAGACUAGCCGCCCUCCCCUUCAGACCCAGCGUGCAUUCAGUCAGUCACUCGAUCACUCCCGACCCACACUCAGCCAUCACCUCCAGCAGCCAGACAUACGUAAUGAGAUAAACAGUAAAUGAAGCCUCUUGUACACACUCAUCUGUAUAUAAAAGACUCGAUCCAUUACUCAAUAUCUCUAUCAAUGUAAUUAUAUACAUGUACUAUAUUUAUUUAUCUAUACUCUAGUCAUUAGCGCUAUAAAUGAAAGGAAGGCUUAGGGGGUCUCGGCCAAGAUGUACGGACCAUUCCCCUUUAGUAUUCACAUCAGAGGAGAAAAAACUGUACCUGGAAAUACUGAGCUGAAGCAGAGAAUUUCAAUGUUUUGUUGAUGUGCAGAAUUUCCAUCCGUUAUCCGUGAGGCAGAGCAGCAAAACGCUGUACUGCAAUUCAGUUUAAUUCAAAAUAAUCUAAUUUAAUUCAAUGCAGGAGAUUUUUUAAUGCAGGGUAGAUUCCAAUGAGAUUUAUAUCAAAUUAACUUUGUACUAUAAAUCUUUUUUUAUCAAUAGAAUGAGUUAAUUUGAUACCUGGUAAAAAUACACAUUGAUACAUUCCUAUGAACAUAAAUUUGGGAAUGAAUAAACUAAACUUAACCCGUCCGCUACAAUUGGCACGGAUUUGGCUUUCACUGGUAGCCUGGUAGCAUAUAGUCCCAGGUCUUUCUCUGCCUCUGUGGUGGAUGGUGGAGUGUUUCCCAUGUGGUAUUGGUGUGCUGGAUUUCCCCUCCCAAGGUGCAGGACUCUACACUUUUCUUCAUUGAAUUGUAUCAGCCACUUUUUGUUCCAUUCCUGUGGCUUGGUGAUGUCUUCUUGUAGGAAAUCCACAGUCAAGGGGUUAAAAUGCACGCAGCAGAAAAAGUUCAGCUAAUAUUGAUGUGAUGUGACACUUUUCAUUCUUUUUAUUCAUCCGUUAGUAAGAUAUAUUCACACUUAUCAACAUUUUAAACUGUAUUGGACAUUUCUACGCCCGCCACAUUUCCAGAGAGUUUUAUUGGAAAGAUUAGUCUGAAACUGAGGCAAUGUGGCCCUUACUCAUUAUGCUAAAUCAAUAGUCCGAUCUUGCAUUAACACUAAAUUAUUACUGUACAGGAAUGAGUUUUCACGCCACUAGAAAUAACGGUCUAGAGCUGAUUUAAUGGCCCUGAUUCAUCACACUACAUCAAGUAAUAGGAAAUUCGCGAUAAAUAUCAUGGUGCUAAAUUCACAUCCUUUGCUGCACCAAAUUUCUAUAACUCCGCUCAAACCCUUUUCCAGAACACUAAAUUCAUGCUAAACGUCAAUCAACAUCCCGUACUGCCUUGCAUUUCUAUAACUUAGCUCAAACUCUUUUCCUGAACGUUAUAACUCACUCUAAACAUCUUAUGGCACUAAGUAAACAUCCCAUACUGUCCUGCAUUUCUAUAACUUAGCUCAAACUCUUUUCCUGAACAUUAUAACUCACUCUAAACAUCUUAUGGCACUAUGUCAACAUCCCAUACUGUCCUGCCUUUCUAAACGUCAACUCAAGCCCUUUUCCGGAACAUUAAAAUUCACUCUUAACAUCUUAUUGUACUAAAUCAAGAUCCUAUACUGAAUCAAGUCUCUAUCCCUUAGCUCAGUCAUUUUUCCAGGUCAUUCAGUUCCCUCUGAUGUGAAUACUAACAAAGAUAUGGUACGUAGGGACUGGCCGACGUGCUCCCUAGGCUCAGAGAUGUACUAUACUGUAUCACUAUUCUGGUCUUUGUUGUUAAUUCCAGGAAAGCCGAGGGACGGGGAUUCUUGGCUGAAAAGUGAUUCCAAGCUGGCUGUCUGACCACGCCCCAGAGAGCGCUUAUAUGGGCAGUCUGUCCUUGUGUAGAAAUGUUGCCGUAUGUGUGUGUGUGGGUGGGUGUGAGUGUGGGUGUGGGUGAGUGGGUGCUAGACAGAGAGAGAGAGAGAGAGAGAGAGAGAGAGAGAGAGAGAGAGAGAGAGAGAGAGAGAGAGAGAGUGGUCUUUCAGGUAAUUAUACAUAACACAGAAAUCAGGUGAACUAAAAAAUAUUGUAUUAAUUUUCUCCAUCGAGACUUUUUUUUUGACAAUUUUUAUUCAACUUAUUUUUUGUUAUGCAUGUCUUUGUAUACCUGUGUCUGUCUUUCUCUUAGUUUAUUUUUCGUCUGUAAUAGCUGAAUUAUAUUGUUUAUUUAUCUCUUUCUCUCUAGUCUAGGUUAUAUAGGACCUGUGUUGUCUGAAUUUCUAUGUAAAGCUUCGAGUCUGAAUAUUAAGUUAAUUUUUCGGCGUGAAACUCUACGGUGACAGCCUUCCACAUUUCACUAACCGGGUAUUUUCUCCAUAGACUCUCUCUCUCUCUCUCUCUCUCUCUCUUCUCUUAAUUAUGUAUAGAUUCAUUCAGCCACUUAUUAUAAUACACACUUAGUAAUUUAUCUUGUCCCAUUAUGUUCAAAUAUUUUCUUUUCUGUUUUUAUAAUGUGUGUGUAUGAGAGAGAGAGAGAGAGAGAGAGAGAGAGAGAGAGAGAGAGAGAGAGAGAGAGAGAGAGAGAGAGAGAGUAACUAUAUAUAUCUAGCAGGUGGCAUCUACAGGAUUUUAAUACGUAUAUAUUUUCUUAACUAUAUUUUAUCGGCGGACGAGAUGCAACCGGGAGACAGAAGGACAGACCAGUAACCAAGGGACAGUAUAUGAAAGACCUGUUAUGUAUAAGGCUGUGGGGAACAUAUAUUUAGUUACCACUAAUAUUAACCUAAAAAAUAAAUAUCAUUCCAGUACGUCUUUAUUUCCGUGGUUAAGUUGGGUUAUGUUUCCAGGACCUUUACAUUAUAGUACAUACAUACUAUGCCUUUCCCCCUCAAUUCCAUAUCUCCCCCUGUAGCUUAUAUAGUAGACUGAUUGAUGCUGGUUAUUCUGUACCUACACACAGUAUUUUUAUGUGGAUAAUGACACUGUAAACGGCUAUACUAUAAGGGUGUGUUGGCUGUGCUUCUGUCCGUGGCCACUCCAGUCACUGUUGGUAGGGGAAAGAAAGGAGUCACUCAGGAAAGACAGAAAGGAAAUAGUAAUAGAUUUUGGAAAGAUAGACAGAAGUAAAGAGGAUGAAAAAGCUAUACUAGAAAGAUAGGAAGGUGAAGAUAGCCACUCCAGGAAAAGAUAGGAGGAAAGAUAAGAGGGAUAGAAAAAGCUACUCCACAAAGAUAGGAGGAAAAAAAUACUCCAGAAAGAUAGGAGGAAAAAAAUGAUUCCAGAAAGAUAGGAAAAAAAUAGGAAAAAAAGUUACUCCAGAAAGAUAGGAGGAAAAAAAUUACUCCAGAAAGAUAGGAGGAAAAAAUGUUACUCCAGAAAGAUAGGGAGAAAAAAAGUUACUCCAGAAAGAUAGGAGGAAAAAAAUUACUCCAGAAAGAUAGGAGGAAAAAAUGUUACUCCAGAAAGAUAGGAGGAAAAAAAGUUACUCCAGAAAGAUAGGAGGAAAAAAUGUUACUCCAGAAAGAUAGGAGGAAAAAAAAUUACUCCAGAAAGAUAGGAGGAAAAAAAAUUACUCCAGAAAGAUAGGAGGAAAAAAAAUUACUCCAAAAAUAUUAUGAGAGGAAAGAUAGGAGGAAAAAAAAUUACUCCAGAAAGAUAGGAGGAAAAAAAGUUACUCCAAAAAUAUUAUGAGAGGAAAGAUAGGAGGAAAAAAAAAUUACUCCAGCAGGAUAUGAAUAAAAGAGGAAAAAUAGCUACUCCAGAAAGAUAGGAGGAAAAAAAUUACUCCAAAAAGACAGGAAAAAAAAUUAGAAAGAAAAAAAGCUACUCCAGAAAGAUAGAAGGAAAGAUAAGAUACAAAUAAGCUACUGUAGAAAGAUAUGAUAAGCUUACACCAAAUAAUGAGAUUGCCAAAGAUAAGUUAAAUAAAUCAAUUGCCCUUUUUGAAGUUUACAUUUUUUCGCGGCUGAGUCGAGGCCAAAAAAAAAAUAUACUGUUGAGUGUCUUCCCCUCAUAAGCCUUUCCCUAUCUCCUUGUUUUUAAGUUCAUUGGUCGAUAUAUUACAUUUUCGCGUCUCGCAGCAGCUGCUUCUCAAGGUCAAAGAGGGGGUCAGUCAGGUUCUAAUGAGUGUUUCUUUAGGUUCAAGGUACAGAGGAAGAGUCAAACUACAACCAGGGUCAUAAAACUACUUCCGGAAAUGCCCACAACUCCCACGAAAGCCUUGUCAAAUUUGUGAGCUUGGGCGACGAAGUGUCUUAUAAUACGACCAUGAUCUCCCUGAUGGGACUGGACAUUAUGUGGUUGGAGGAUUCUCUGUAGUGUACUUUUUAACACUGUGUAGUUUUUCCUCUUAUGAGCAUUUCUCUGGGCUCUAGUUCUUCAUCUUCUUUCCAUUCAGUGUCCUUAUUUCCUCUUAUGGGGUUGGAUGUUAGGGAAUUGGAGCCUUUCUUUGUGUAUAUACAUUUUAAUUCUGUGCAGUUUCUUCCUCUUAUGGGUAGUGACUGGAGCAGUGAUCUGAACCUUUCUGUCAUCUUCUUUUUGUCUAUUGUCCUUAUAGUUUUCCCUAUGAGGUGGACAAUAUGGUGUUGGAACCUUUCCCUGUAUAUUUUUUAAUUGUGUCUAGUUUCUUCCUCCUAUGGGUAGUGUGAUCUGAGCAGUGAUCUGAGCCUUUCUCUGUCUUCUUCUACUUUUCGUUCAAUGUCCUUAUAUUUCUCGUAUGGGACUGGAGCUUUCUUUGUACACUUUUGAAUACAGUUUUAGUUUUUCCCUCGUACGAGCAGCGACUGGAGUGGUGUGGGCAGGCUGGCGAUCACUCCCUCCCUCGCUGAAUAGGGAUGGAACAUUUUCACAGAUUGUUAGUCAUGCCGCAGCCUGAGGAAUCAUAAACUAUGGAAAAAAUAAUGAAAGGCUUUAUGUGAUA